AAGUUAUCGUGAGUUCUGCAAAAUUGUCCCCCGCUACUGUUCCCAUCCUAGCUAACAGUAGCUAAUCUUCAGGGUAAGAAGAGACUUCUGUUACUGAAGGGCCGCACAUGAUGUUCUUUCUGAAGUUCGUUAUGUAACCUGGACUGUCACCUUCACUAAGACUGAACUGUGACACCUGUCUGUUGCUCUCUGUCACUGCUGCCCCAUAAUGUGACGCUCAGAGUUUACGGAGCUACAUUUCCGGCCAGUGGUCACUCAGGUGUUCAGUACACCUGCGGCUAACCUAGAGGGGCCCGUACAGAUUAGAAGACUUGGUCGAAAACACCUUUGUCCUCAAGCACAGCAGCAGGCUGUUUGGCUUGUUAUAGCAGAUGAAGCACACAUGUUUGACUGAUAACAUUAAUGAGGGCUUUGUUCCGCUCGUGUGCCCCAGUGAGGCAUGUGACAACAAGCAUACUAACAGGACCCUGAAGCUGAAGCGACGAAGCGGAAUUCAGUCAAUAGUCAUUUUAUUAUUUACAGCAGCGCUUUUCGUAAUUGAAUAAAGGUCAUCUGAAAACCAAGGUUACUGCAGUUUAAGUCAGCAGAAUUUAAGGUCCUCUGUUCUGCUGCUGGCUCCCCUCCUGGCUGAAGCCGAACCGGCCCCCCGACGCGUCUCCAGGCCCACCGGGUCAGCCGGAGCUCAGGGCACAGCCGGCCUUUACACCCACUUCAGAUGGAUGGCUGAGCACGUGCCCGCCUUCCGGGUGCCGGGCACCCACAUCCACAUCCUCACCUCACCUGACCAAUUCUACCAGGCCAUGAAGGCGCGAAUCAAGACGGCGAGGAGGCGAGUGGUGAUGGCCUCGUUGUAUCUGGGAACAGGUCAGCUGGAGAAGGAGCUGGUGGACUGUAUGGAGGAAGCUCUGCAGCGUUCGCAGGCAAACGGUCAAGCUCCAGAGUUGAAAGUCUCCAUAUUGCUGGACUACACGCGCGGCUCGCGAGGACAGGUCAACUCGAGGACCAUGCUGCUGCCGUUGCUGCAGCGCUUCGCCUCUCAGAUGCGGGUGUCUCUGUAUCACACUCCAGACCUGAGGGGGCUGCUGCGGCUGCUGGUCCCUCAGCGCUUCAACGAGACCAUCGGAGUCCAGCACAUCAAGGCCUACCUGUUUGACGACAGCAUUAUCAUCAGCGGGGCCAACCUGAGCGACUCGUACUUCACCAACAGACAGGACCGCUACGUGCUGCUGGAGAACUGCAGCGAGGUCGCGGACUUCUUCUCCGACCUGGUGGAAGCCGUGGGUGACAUUUCCCUGCAGCUGCAGCCUGAUGACUCAGUCAGCAUGAUGGAGGGCAUGGUGCACCCGUACAAAGGCAACAGACAGGAGUUCUCGGCGGUGGCGAGGUCGCGGAUCAUGGAGGUGCUGAACGCAGCCCAUGUGAGGCAGCAGCUGCUGAACCGGUCGGAGGACUCUGAGGACGAGGGGAUGAGCGAGGGGGAGGAGGACACCUGGGUGUUUCCUCUGGUCCAGAUGAAGCCUCUGGGAAUCCAGGUGGACGAGCAGGUCACACAGCGGCUGCUGACCGACGCCAGGCCGGACUCCACGGUGUUUCUGACAUCAGGUUACUUCAACCUGACCCAGGCGUACAUGCAGCUGGUGCUCGGUGCCGGAGCCAGCUACCGCAUCCUCACCGCCUCCCCCGAGGUCAACGGGUUCUUCGGAGCCAAGGGCGUCGCCGGAGCUAUCCCUGCGGCCUACAUCCACAUCGCCAGGCAGUUUUACAAUCAGGUGUGCCGUCUGGGCCAGCAGGAGAGGGUACACCUGCACGAGUACCACAGAUCACAGUGGACCUUCCACGCCAAAGGUCUGUGGUAUUACCUCCGGGGGCAGGAUCGGCCUUGCCUCACUCUAAUUGGCUCCCCUAAUUUUGGUUACCGCUCGGUUCACCGUGACCUGGAGGCCCAGAUUGCCAUUGUAACUGAGAAUGAGGAAUUGCAGAGCCAGCUGCAGGAGGAGCAGGAGAUGUUGUACCAGCGGUCCACUGAGGUGUCCAGCUCUACGUUUGAGCAGCCGGACCGCUACGUCCAGCUGUGGGUCAAGCUGGUCACGCCCUUCAUCAAGAAUUUCUUCUGAGAUGGAGGCAGGCGGGCAGCUGUUUUCCCGGGUCCUGAGGCUGGUGGUCUCGGUGGUGGUCGGUAUGCUCCUGUGGACGGGACAGUCGGACACACUCGAGGACAUUGGGAGUCACACACCAGUGUGUCCCAGGAAGUGACUCUCUCUC